CUCCACUAUCUCCGUAGAACACCUCCAGCACCUCAUCCCAUCAUCCUCCCAAUUCAAUUGACCCUUCCUCCGCCAUAUGGCAUACGACUCUCCAGCUGGCUUACUUUCGCCAGACAAAAGCCUCGGCUACAGCACAUGUCAUGAAAAUGGACGCUACCGCGCUAGCCAAUAGGAAAGCCCCAUACAAGAGGAAAAUGACUGAGAAACGGCGCGUUCAGAACCGUACUGCGCAGCGCACCUAUCGCGCGCGGCGCAGGGAUCGAAUAGCACACCUGGAGAAAGCGGUCGCAGCUUCCGACGAGCAGAGCGCCGAGGAUGAGACAUCAAUACGGGAGACGGUGGCGGCUCCGUAUGAUGCUUCAUCCGCGCCCAACGACGAAAAUGUCCACGCUCGGCACGCAGUAGCCCAAGUCUUAAAUUCUCCUACAACAACUGAUUCCGAGACUUCAGAAACCGAGGCCGUUACUGAGCUCAAGAGGAUCCUUGAAGUGGGCGAGGAUGAGGGUGCGGAUGGCUUGAUAGACUUUGCCAUACGGGAAAAGCCCAACUUGAGCGCCAUCGUCCUGGCCGGUCUGUGCGCGCUCAGAUCGAAAGAGUCGCAGGAGACUGCUACGACAGAGCUUCCCAACUCCAGCAUGAAGUCUCAUCAGACUCACAACGAUGACGUCUUCCCACCACUUGCCUUCAGAGUCUCACUUGACAUACCAUCUCUGCUAAACCGGAACCCGGAGAUAACGGACAUGUGGCUCGAACGGACCUGCAACGGGCGCCUCACGAUCCCACUAUCCUUCUCACUCCACAGCGACCCGUCAUUCCUUCCAGACCCUCUUGCUGAUGGCAUUUUCCUACGGGCCGAGGCCAUGAUGGAAGUAUGCUACCAAAACUGCCGCGCCCUCGGUCUCACAUUCCAAGAAGCCUGCCGCCACACCUGCCCUUCUCCGUGGCACCACCCUAUCCUCACACCAUCAGCCAUCAUAGCCCUGAAGAAUAUCCCGCCGGAUCUGUACCCAACCCCUGCUCAGCUGCGCUAUCCGCACCAUCCAUUCAUCGACUUCUUCCCAUUUCCGUGGUUCCGAGAGCGCGCGGUCAUGCUUGCGUCGCUCGAGCCGCCGGCGUACGAUCGGUGGGAGCUCAAGGCGGAUAUCUUCAGCGGCGGCAUGGUGUGCUGGAGGUCGAGAGCGGGGUGGGAAGGGCAGUCGUGGGAUCGCAGGAGCUGGGAGGUUCAGCCGUGGUUUUUGAAGAAAUGGGGCUGGUUGGUUGAGGAGCAGGGGAGGGUUGGGCAGCAGUCGAGGUGGUGGAGGGCGUUGAGGGGAGAGUGAGCAUGAGAGCUUUUCGCGUCGUGAGCGCGGUAUUCGUGCUUAUUGGGUCUUGCUCAUGGCGCUCUUGAGUACUGGCGGAUUGUGCCUGGUCUGACGCUAAUUGUUACAAUGGUUCCGGGUAGAAGGCG